AACUUCCCCAAGCACACCGUAGAUGAGCUUCGGAACUGGUUUCAGGAACAUAUCAUGCAUCCUUAUCCCUCGGACGUUGUUGUUGAAAUGCUAUCACAAAAGACUGGCCUCUCGAGCUCGCAGGUGGUCAGUUACUGGUUUGUGAAUGCGAGGAGGAGGAUUUGG